AUGGGCUGCGGAAAUUCAAAAUCGACCAUCAAAGCAGUUGAGGAAAAUAGUGGGCAUGUCCCAGAAACUCCAAGACAUGAUGCAUCUGGACAGGUCGCUUCCUCCGAUCCAUCCUCACAACAACAACUGCAUUCUUCAAUUUCAGUCAAGCAAGGAAAGAAAGAGCAGGGUUAUUGCUACUUCUUUGCUCUUGAUCCUGCUACAAGGGCGAACCUUACUGAAGGAAAUAAGGAUAUGAGAGAAUUGUUGGGAGGAAAAGGAGCUAAUUUAUGUGAAAUGUUAAAUUUGGGAAUUAAUGUUCCUCCUGGAUUUACUGUUAGCACGGAAGCUUGUGAAAAGUUCUCUGCUCAUAACAAUAUUAAUGAGGGAGAAGAAUCGAAAGGAAAAGAGAGAAAUCUUCCUGACGAAAUUAAAACAGAGGUGGAUGAAUAUUUAAAGAAAUUGGAAGCGGUUACUGGUAAGAAGUUUGGAAAUUCUCAACAAGGUGACGAAAAGCUUCUAUUACUGAGUGUUCGAUCAGGUGCUGCUGUUUCUAUGCCAGGCAUGAUGGAUACCGUUCUUGACCUUGGAAUUUGUGACAAGAAUAUUCAUCAAUUAAUUCAAAACUUUGGCGGAAAUGAAAGAUUUGCAUGGGACUCGUACAAGAGCCUUAUUCAGAUAUUCGGUGAAGUAGUGUUGGGCGUGAAAAAUGAAUGUUUUGAGGACAAUAUUAAGAAACAAAAGGAAAAGAGAGGCAUUUCUUCUGAUGCAGAACUGACUCUUGAGGAAAUUCAACAAAUUGUGCAGGAUCACAAGCUUACCAUUUUCGAGCAAACUGGAGAAGAUUUCCCACAAGACGUAUAUCAACAACUUUACAGAGCAAUUAUUGCUGUUUUCAAUAGUUGGCACAAUCCAAGAGCUAUUCAAUAUAGAAAAAUUCAUUCCAUUACCAAACUCAAAGGAACUGCAGUUAACAUACAAUCCAUGGUAUUUGGUAAUGUCGACGAAAGAUCAGGUACUGGAGUUUGUUUCAGUAGAAAUCCAUCAACUGGAGAGAACAAGUUCUAUGGUGAAUACAUGACCAUGGCUCAGGGAGAACAAUUAGUUGCUGGAACACGAACACCAGAGAAAAUUGAAACUUUGGAAACCAAUUUCCCAGAAUGUUACAAACAACUCACAGAUAUUAGCUCUAAAUUAGAGAAGCAUUUUAAGGAUAUUCAAGACAUGGAGUUCACCAUUGAGCAAGGUGUCCUCUACAUGUUGCAAUGUAGAAAUGGAAAGAAAACAGCUGAAGCAGCCCUUCAAAUAUAUUGUGACAUGAUUGAUGAAGGACUUCUCAAUGAAAGAGAGGCCAUUAUGAAGAUUGAUCCUUCUCAACUUGACCAAUUACUCCAUCCUUAUUUGGAUCCUGAUGAAAAGAGCCGUCAUGUUCCCUUGGCAACAGGUCUACCAGCCUCUCCUGGCGUUGUUGUAGGACGAAUUGCUUUUACAAGCGAACAAGCCAUUGCCAUGUCAGUUGACAGAAAAGAGGCCGGGGAUGUAAUUUUGGUGAGAGAGCAAACCUCAACAGAAGAUUUGGCUGGAAUGCAUGCUUCUCAAGGCUUCCUCACAAGUACAGGUGGUAUGACUUCACACAGUGCUGUUGUCGCUCGUCAACAUGGAAAAUGUUGUGUCUCUGGUUGUAGCUUGCUCUACGUUUCAGGAGAGGACUCGUGCACCAUCAAUGGCGUCUUUUUCAAACAGGGAGACGUCAUUACCAUUGAUGGCUCCACAGGUGCUGUUUACGGAGAGGCCUUAAAAACAAGUCAACCUGGUCUAACAAAUGCCAACUUCCUCAGAAUUAUGGAUAUUGAGAAAAAAUAUAGAACAAUGGGAGUGUACGCAAAUGCUGAUAGUGCUUCAGAUGCAAAGAAGGCUCUCGAAUUUGGAGCCGAAGGCAUUGGAUUGUGUCGAACUGAACACAUGUUCUUUGAAAAGACACGAAUUAUUGACAUUAGAAGGAUGAUUGUGGCAUCAACACCAGAAAAACGCAGUCAAGCAAUUAGCGCCCUAAAGGAAUAUCAAAGAUCUGAUUUCCUUGCCAUUUUCCAUGAGAUGGGUCCCCGAAAAGUAACCAUUCGUUUGCUCGAUCCUCCACUCCACGAAUUUCUCCCAGAAGAAGAAAAGGACAUUGCAGAGCUUGCUGAAGCUUUGGGAGAAGAUGUUCAUGAUGUUUCUCAAUUAGUGGCACAAUUAAAAGAAAAGAACCCAAUGCUUGGUCAUCGUGGUUGUCGAUUAGGAAUUACAUUCCCAGAAAUUACUGUCAUGCAGGUAGAGGCCAUCUUUGAGGCUGCUUUUGAAGCUGCGAACACCAACGAAGUCAAGGUUGACAUUAUGGUUCCACUUGUCUCAUCCGUUCAGGAAUUAUUACACCAAAAGGAAAUUAUUGAAAAAGCUGCUGCCAAGUACUAUGGUUUGAACGAUCACAAGAAGAGUUUGGUUCAGUAUCGCGUGGGUACCAUGAUCGAAAGUCCAAGAGCAGUGAUCAUUAGUAAGGAAUUGGCUGGAAUCGCCGACUUCUUCUCUAUUGGUUCAAAUGAUCUCACACAAAUGACCUUUGGAUUCAGUCGAGACGACAGUGGCAAAUUCAUGAAGAGUUAUAUUGAGCAUGAUUUACUCGAAAACGAUCCUUUCGAAGUGUUAGAUCAAGAGGGAGUGGGAAGAUGUAUUCAAAUGAGUAUCCAAAAUGGACGUGAGGUGAAGAAUAAUCUAACUGUGGGUCUGUGUGGAGAGCAUGGAGGUGAGACUGAAUCAGUCAAGUACUUGCAUGGAUUGGGAUUAAAUUAUGUCAGUUGCUCGCCCUUCAGAAUUCCAAUUGCAAGAUUGGCUGCCGCUCAAGAGUCGAUCAAGAACUGGCGCAAGGUGGUCUUUGUAUUGGGAACACAAUGUGCAAAACUCGUCGAAAAGUACAAAUUUGUUCACUUGAGUACUGGAGAUUUGUUGAGAGCAGAAUCUAAAAAGGACACAGAACAAGGAAGAAUGAUUGACUCCUAUAUGAAGGAAGGAAAGCUUGUUCCAGGUCAAGUAACCAUUCAUUUGCUGAAACAGGCCAUUUUAGGGCAUGAAGACAAGAACACCACCUUCCUUGUCGAUGGUUUUCCAAGAGAAAUGCAGCAAGCAUUUGAUUUUGAGCAAUUCAUUUGUAAGGGCAUGUUUGUUCUGUUCUUUGAAUGUCCAGAGGAUGUGCUAGAGAAACGUUUGUUGGAGAGAGGUAAAACAUCUGGCAGAAGUGAUGACAAUAUUGAGAGCAUUAAGAAGAGAUUUAAAACGUUCCUUUCUCAAAGCUUACCAGUGGUAGAUUAUUUCAAAAAGACCGAUAGAGUUAGAACUAUUGACUCUACAGGUACACCAGAAGAAGUGUUUGCUCAGGUUUGCAAAUUGUUUGAUUAA